ACGAAACAAGCUUGAUUCGGUCCCGGAGCUGAGAGUUUUGCUCGAUCGCCUCGCUAAGACUUCUUAACGUUUCUUCAGCAGAAUGGCUUUUCGAUUUUCUGGCGCUCUCGGGCCGUUGCCCCAGCGACCUUUCUCAACCCUCUCCGUGGGGCUCACUUUCACAGCCUUGGCAGUUCUGACAGGCGUAUCGUGCGAAGAUGAUUUGCCUUUCUCGCGGAGACCCGAUCUUUCUAGCCUAAAGCUGGAACUGGUGGAGGGCGAUAUGGCCGUGCCAGCGAGUCUGUUUCGCAAGGGCGUUCGACCUGCAGCGAUGGCCUUGGCUCAGCGUUGGAGGAACGGUCUCGUCAACUAUGCUUAUCACAAAUCGGCGGAGGCGAAACACAGGGAAGUCAUAGAAGCAGGUAUAAAACACUGGGAGGAGAACUCGUGCCUGUCGUUCAACUUGAUGAAUCAGACUUCGUUUGCGCCCACCACAACUCAUCAUAUUCGCUUCCGGACAGAUAAAGAUGGAUGCUGGUCGCUCGUGGGGAGUACGUCUUUCGUGAGUACUCUGCAAAACAUCCAGGACCUGGAUUUCUCGGGGAUAUCUUACCAGGACAUCAAUCUGCAGGACCCGGGAUGCGUGCGGGUGGGAACCGUCGUCCACGAGAUCGGUCACGCCAUCGGCUUCUUCCACGAGCAGUCACGGAGCGAUCGCGACGACCACAUCACCGUUCUGUUCGAGAACAUGGAUCCGCAGAUGAGAUCCCAAUUCGAGAAGCAGGACGACAUGAACUUCACUGUUCAGUACGACUUCUCGUCGGUGAUGCAGUACCCCCAAUGGGCGUUCAGCAAAGACGUUCACGAGCUGAACACCAUAAUCACGAAAGAUCCCUUCAUGCAGCUGAGUCUCGGAGGGGACGUUCUCACGUUCCGGGACAAGAAGCUCGCCAACGCGAUGUACAACUGCGACGCGGGUUGCUCGAAUCGAGAUAGUUUGAAGUGCGAAAAUGGUGGAUUUUUAUUCGCGCGCUAUCGGGAAAAACGGGAAUGUUCUUGUACGUGCCCGCCGAAUACAUCUGGAGAGCGCUGCGAGACGGUCACGCGGGAAAACUACUACGAUCAUCCCAAAUGUGGAGGGACCGUCACGACUGAGGGCACUAUCGAGACUCAACGUAUCGACGAGCCAUGCAUCUUCUGGAUUCAGGCUCCCGAAGGCAAGAGGGUAUCGCUCAAAUUCGACGAGUUCGAUUAUCCGGAAAGGAGGAAAUCGGGCCGCAGUUCCAAAUUGAAAUGUCGUGCGACCAGACUCGAAAUGCGUCUCAAAGACACCGUUCACGGUCAAAUGUAUUGCGGCGACGAGCUCGCCGGGAAAGAAUUCAAGUCGGACACGAGAGACCUCAUUCUCAUAUCGAGCAGGCUGGCACAGGAGUCCUCAUCGGGUUUCAAGGGCACCGUGACUUUCGAAUGA